CCCCAUUCCUACAUACCGAUUGAUAAUUUUACCCCAUUCCUACAUUUAACAUUUCCCAUUCUACAUCGUUGUUCCGUGAGUGAUUGUUUUUGUUUUGCAAAAUUUAAGCUGGAGACUUGAUUGUGGUGCGAGUUCGUGGAGCAGCAUUGCGUCAUCACCUAUUCCUGGACUAGGAUUGCUCCUGGAACGCGGCACGCACACGCCAACGGCACGGAACGCUCCCGGCGACAUAAACGAGGUCGGUGGAGGAACGGAGGAGGAGACCGUGGCGGAGUCGCGGGACUUGGAGGACAUGGCCAGCACCACUGGCAGUGCGCCCAGCCUGGGAGCUGGCAGCGCGAGCGGAGGUGCUACCGGGCUCAGUGCCAGUCCCGGCACGUUGGAGGGCACGCUGAGCAAGUGGACCAACGUGAUGAAGGGCUGGCAGUACCGAUUCUUUGUGCUGGACGAGAACGCCGGCCUGCUCUCCUACUACACGUCGAAGGAGAAGAUGAUGAAGGGCGUGAGACGUGGCUGUGUGCGCUUGAAGGAUGCCCUGAUCGGGAUAGAUGACCAGGAGGAUAACACGUUCACCAUCACCGUGGAUCACAAGACCUUCCACUUUCAGGUGAGGAAGUAGCAGCUGGCAUUUGAGAAAAAAAUUAAAUUCGACGAAAUUCAAACUCAAUUUUACC